AGAGCACCAUACGGCCUCCUGGAUGAGACGCAUAUUCAUCCAUGAAAUCACAACAAACCAUCAUCUUUAUGGGACGCUUGUUUGGUUGGAUAUCACGACGCGAUGACCAGCUAGCGAGCAGUCCAGAGCUAGCUGCUAGCUAGCUGGUCGGCUAGCCGGAGUUAGCAGCUCCGCUAGACCCGCAAAUAACUCGGUUUAUUUCGGCCUUUUUUUAAAAAUAUGUUUCUGCGCCACAUGCCCUCUUUAAUUUAACCGGGCUUUUCUCUAUACGUGAAUUAAUUAAAUUAUCAAAAUAUGUUUUUUAAUAUGUAGGUCACUGUUUCCAACCAAUGCUAGUUAUGUGGGUCAUAGACAUGUUAGCACGGACAGCUGGUUAGCACGGCAGCUAGCUGGGUUUUAUCUUUUAAUGUAUCCGUUAUUUAAAACAUAAAUAAAAACAAUAACGUUUAAUCACAUGCGUGUGUUAAGUGAGGAUUACUCUCCAGCUAGUAUAUCUGAGGUUAUCGAGUGGAACAUUUAUUUAUCUUUAAUAUUUUGGACCAUCGUCGGCUUCGCUAGCUGUGAUCCUGCUAGCUAAGCUAACCGAUUAGCUUCACUAAUCAACCAGGAGUCUACGGGAUCAUGCUGAGUGUGGAUCCGUGUUUCCUCGUCUCCUAGCCGCUCAGCAGCAGCAGCUUGGUGCCGACAUCGCGGACUGUUUCUGGGGUUUUGGUGAGAGGAGUGAUGGCAUUUCACGGCGCCGGCCGUCAGACCGUCUGUGGAGACUUGUUUCCGGGCUCCGACCUGGGCCACAAGUAUUUCUGUGUGAAUUCCUCCUGUGGAGCUCCGUCCACGGGCCUCAGCGCCACCCCGUGCCUGACCGGGCCCACCGCUCCGGCCGGGACGCCCCGCCACCCCACGGCUAUGGGGGGGAGCGCCGGGGGAGGGGCGGCGGUGCCUCAGCCCUACAGCAACCCGGCCAGCGAGGUGCCGAGCCCCGCAGAGAUGGAGCCCGACCGGCCCAUCGGUUACGGAGCCUUCGGUGUCGUCUGGUCCGUCACGGAUCCACGAGACGGUCGUAAAGUGGCUCUGAAGAAGAUGCCCAACGUCUUCCAGAACCUGGUCUCCUGUAAGAGGGUCUUCAGAGAGCUGAGGAUGCUCUGCUUCUUCAAACACGACAACGUUCUGUCGGCGCUGGACAUCCUGCAGCCUCCACAGAUCGACUGCUUUGAGGAAAUGUAUCCUUUUUAUUCAUAUGUGAACAAAAACAAUCAAAAGUCAGAAUCACACCCUCGUUUAUUAUUAACCUUCUGAUCACAAAGCACUUUCUCUCCCGUCAAGCUCCAGUCUUGAUUUUCAAAAUAAAAGUCCUGCUCCUCUAUGGAACAGAACUAUGAUGACUUGGGGUACUUCUCAAGUCU